UCGAUCUUCGGCAUACCGGCAGAUUUUCCGUUUUCUGAUGGCCGCCAAGCACGCUAGUACAGAUGCUGCAAAAAAGGGGCAGAUAUGUAAGUGUACAUAAAUCCUAUAGACAAGAAAAUGACAUCUGUUUGGAAGCGUAUACAAAGAGUUGGAAAGAAAGCUGCUAAAUUUGAAUUCAUAGCGCAACUCCAAUCACUUACUAUUGAAUGUAAAAAAGAUAAGAAAUGGGUUCCUACAAAACUAGUUGUACUAUGGCAGCGUGGGGCCAAUAGAAGAAAGUAUUCAAAAUCCUUUAACUUUCAACCUGGUAUUGCAAAACCGUACCGAGGUGUUAUGGUAUGGGCUGAACCUGAAGAAUUAGAAAUGAUAUGUACACUUUACAAGGAUGAUAAACCAGAAGCUCCUUUUGAACCCAAGGACUGGACAUUUAUCAUUCUUGAUGAAUCUUCAGGUAGAAGGAAACCUUUAGCACAAGCUUCGAUUGACAUGGCAAAAUACUUCAGCAUUGAACCUUCAUGUAAACAAAUGACAAUUAAAAUGAAAGCUGCCAAUAACAAAGUGAAAACUGCUCAAAUAGACAUUGCACUCUCAUGCGUGUUUCUUCGUGAAGGAAAAGCAACUGAUGAGGAUAUGUUAAGUGUGGCUAGUAUGAUGAGCCUGAAUGAUAUCGAAAAUUUUGAUUUUGAUGAAGAUAACCGUGCAAGCAAUAAAAAAGGCAGUCGUUUGUCAGGCUCGUUUCCAGACACAAGUGUUUUAUCAACAGCUUCUGAGCAUAGCUUUUCCUCACAUACUGAUCAAGAAGAAUCAUUUCACAGUCAACAAAGUUCAUCUCCAAUGAAUCUGAAGAAAUCAACUCCUAACAAACAGGUUGUAUACUUAAGUCCAAAGUUUUCUGCUUCUCCAGUGUCUCAGGAAAAGAAUGCAGAGAUUUCAAACGUAGUAAAGAGAGGAAAACCCGACCAAGACUUACUAGCAUGGUGUCAGAAGAUAACUGCUGGUUAUCGAGGUGUUAAAGUGACGAAUAUGACAACAUCAUGGCGAAGUGGACUGGCGUUUUGUGCCAUUCUUCAUUAUUUUCACCCAGAGCUUGUUGACUACCCGAGUCUUUCACCACACAACAUUAAAAAUAACAACAAACUGGCAUUUGAUGGUUUUGAAUUUCUCGGUAUCUCAAAAAUUUUGGAUCCAAAUGACAUGGUACGCGCAGCUACUCCUGAUAAACUCACUGUGAUGACUUACCUUCAUCAAAUUAAGCAUCAUUUCGAAACGAACAAAACAACCACAACCAUCAACUCAUUAAUGUCACAAUACAAAUUUAUUACUGGUACUGAAGAUAUGUUUUCCAACUUAACUAAAAAUACCUCGCCUACCCAUCAGGCUGAUAAAAAGAAACGAAAUAAAGAUAAAAAAUCAACGAGUAAAAAAAGUAAACUAAAAUCGAACGUUGAAGUUGAUAGUGUCACGGAUGCGCAAGAAAUUGACUCUAUAUUAAAUAAGUUGAGAGUUGAUGAGCAUAUAAAUGAAGUAAAGAAAUACAGAGAGCCAGAACCAGCGCCACCCGUGAAAGCAGAAGUUCAACAACAGCAACAUCAUGUGGAGAGAGCUUCAAGUGUUGAUGAGGAUGAAAUGUUGAACACAAUCAUUGAAAAAACCUCAACGCAAAAGGAUGAAUUACAGACAGAAAAACCUGCUCAAUUCAACAAGAAUUCUAUGGAUGGGCCUGUCAAACAUUCCACGUCACUUUUAAGGGAAGUUUCCAACGAAGACAAUGAACCGUCAAAAAAAUUAGAACUUGCUGUCACAAGCAAAUAUGAUAAAGUCCUCGAAACUUCAUCUACCCCUAAAAUUAGGGCAACAGAAAAAGCGAAAAGAAAACUCCCAUUAACUUCACAAUUCGAAGGGGUCCAGAAGAAAUCAGACAAUAAGCACAGCACAUCAGCAGAAGUGCACACUAUUUCUGAUUCCAUUUGUGCUGACAAUAACGAACAAGAUGUUAAACAAAAGGAUUAUAGUGAUAAUUAUACUGUCGAGACGAUGAAAGAACACGGGGAAAAUAAAGAAAAAGAAAAACAUCCUCCAGGAUGUGAACAGGAUAGACAAGACAUAAUUCAAGAACGAGCUCGCCAGUUAAUAAUGGAGGCUCGAAUGAAAACACAAUCAGCCGAUGUUGAAAAGACGGAUUCAGAGAAGCAGAAAGAAAUCAAUACACGUGGUCGUAAUUUUGUUGAAGUGCAGAAACAUAAAGACAAGAUCUUACAAGAAAAACUGAACAUGCAAGAAGAUCGCAAAAAGUUAUUAAGAGCUCAAGCUAACCAGUUGCUAGAAGAAGCCAAAUUUCAAGGGGCUGCUACUAAUAUUGACCAAAGCAAUUUGUCGGAUUCACAGUCGUCUCCUUGCGAGGAAGAACCGCCGCCAGCGAUGUCGGCCCCUUCCGAGUUCAACAGGAACCCGUUCACUCUUGUAAAAAAGAAGAGCUUGAAACAGCUGACUUCGAAUCAAUAUUUGAAAGCCGAAAAAAAGGAGAAGUCGAAAGCUAAGCAAGCCCAACUGAAGAAAACGCCUCCUAAAGAUGCUGUUUCAUAUGCCGAGUCAAGAAAAGUACAAUUCGAUGCUUUAGAACAAGACUUUCACCACAAACCGAAAAGAGAUGUGGCUGCUGAAAUUGCUGCAGAGCUUGCAAAAAUGAGAGAGGAAGAAGAGGCUGCGCAACGAAUGAUUGACGCUGUCGAGCAUCCUAUUGUUGAUGAGAGUAAGGAGGAAGGGGAGGAAGUAGAGAGUUCUGAAGAGGAGGAAGAAAAUGUGCCGGUUGACGAUUAUUUUUACGAGUUAGAGAACUUUAAUUUGCGAUCAGCCGGCGAGUAUUACACAAACGAGCUGGUUGAAUUAGAGAAAGAAACGAAAGCGUUGGAUAGAGUUGCACAAAAAUUGGAACUGGAGCUGAGGAAAUCCAUGGCUGUUGGUGAUAAAGAAGAAGAAGAAGAUCUGCUUCAAGAAUGGUUUAACUUGGUUAACAAAAAAAAUAAUAUUAUUCGACGACAAAACGAAAUUGCUUUGCUUGCUCAAGGAGACGAACUUGAAAGGCGCUGUGAGAUCAUAAACCGUGAAUUGCGAGUACUUAGUUCAAUGAGUGAAAUAGAAAAAACAGAGGAGAUUCAUCAUCGUGAAGAAACGCUACUUACGCAACUUGUAACGCUUGUCAAUCAACGAAACCAACUAGUUCAAAUUGAAGAUACUCAACUGCAACAAAGUGCAAAAGAUGAAGAACAUGUUCAAAGUGUGCUCUCGCAGCAAACAUCGUUUUCACAAAAAUCAUCUACUAUGGAGUCUAUGGUGGGCUGGGUCAGAGGUUUUAAAACGAAAUUUUGGUAGCAGUAUCUUCCAGUUAAUAUGCUGUUAAUAUAACACCUCGUUUUGGUAACGAUAAACAGAGUUCAUCAAUGAACACACUCUGGACAGAAAUCAUUUGGAAAUCAAAGAAAUAAACUUUACAGCGGUAUGCUUAUAACGUACGACCACACUGUUGAUAUUGUUGUCCUUUACAUAAUUUAUUUUGCUAAUUGUUACGUUGGGUGCGAACCAUGGGCAUGCAUACCGAAGUAAUCGUGCGCUUAUAAAAACAUGAAACAUUUAAAGUAGAUGCAAAAAGUGUGUAGUACUGUUGGUGGAAUGUGUUUUUUAAAGAUUUUUAUUUUUAUCGUUUAUAUUUUGCGAAUUUCUUUAGUUGCGUUUUGUAUAUAUCACAGCGGAUAUAGGCUGAUUUUGGCUAAACGUUUAUAAAGCAUGCAUGGUAACAACUUGCUCAAUUAACGCCUCCUCAGUCGUCAUCCUUACUUCCGCAAGGGACACGAUUAAGAAAAUUAAGGGGAACUGGGUUCUAAGGUCGUGAAAAGUUUCACGUGUAAAAGCAUGUUCGCAAAGCUCUAACCUAAAAAAACCUUUUCAUGUGUAAGUUUUCCUGUCAUGUUGUGAUGCGUACGCAACGUCAUAUCGUGUGUAGAUAUUAUAGAAGAUGAAAUAUCGAAUUAUAUGAAUUUAUUGUGUUUAUGUAGAUACAUUAUAAAUACAAGGAUAAUAUUCCAAUCACGUGAUCUACCAGUAAUAUAGGUCCGUGUUUAAUGUUUGCUAGAAUGAAACAACGCGAACUGAAAAUUAUAAUUUCCGCUUUUGCUAUCGGUUUUUUGUUGCUGUGAGGACGUAUGACGUGCUGGUAGCUCACGUGCUGAUAAUAAAUUAAAGCGAAAAUAAAAAAUUAAAAGCACUCUUGUUC